AUGGUAGAUAACGAAGAUAUAAAUAUGUUUUUUGUAUCAAAUUUGCCCUUAGAAGUUACAGAAAAUGAAUUAAAAGAUUUUUUUUCUCCAAAAGCGGAACUUAUCUAUUGCAAAUUGAAGAAAAAUGAAUUUGGUAUAAAAAGUAGUCAUGGUUAUUUAGGUUUUAAAGAUGAUAAAAAAGAUAUAUUGUCUUUUGUGGAAAACAAUAAGUUUAAAAAUCAAAAAAUAUCAAUUGAGUUAUUAGAAGAUGAAAAUGAUACUGAAGAUGAAAGUGACAAUUAUAAAUAUGAAAAUAAAUAUUAUAAUGAAGAAUGUCAAAAUUUAAAUUUAUACACAAAUACACCUAUAAAUAAAAAUAAUGAAGUAUAUAAAGAUAUGCACAAACAUAAUAAUAUAAAAUUAAAUAAAAAUAUUGAAAUAAUAAAUGAAAAAGGAGAAAUAACAAAACAUGGCUUUUUAAUUAUAAAAAAUAUGAAUAUGUAUGAUAUAGUACUUUUAAUUAAAAAAAUUCAAGAAUUAGUUCGUAUAUCUCCACAAACAGCCAUUAAAAUGCUAAAUGAAAAUAAAACAAUUUAUUAUUCAUUAGUUCAUGCUCUUUUUCUUUUAGGAAUAUUAAAUAUUGAAAUAAAUCCAUUAAAUAAUGAAGAAAUUGAAAAAAGCAAUUUUUAUAAAAUUAAAAAUCGUUUUCAGUAUUUAUAUAUAGACCAAAUGGAGGACGAAGAAGAAGAAGAAAAAAAAAAUAAUCAUAAAAAAAUGAAAGAAAUGAUAAAAGAAGAAAUAGAUAAUAUUUCUUCUUAUGACAAUAAAGAAAAAAAAAAAAAAAGAAACUAUGAAUUAAAUGAAAAUGAUGAUAAAGAUAUUUAUUUAAGUGAGAAGAAAAGAAAAAUUAGUGAUGAACAAAAUGAAUCAGUAAAUACGAAUUAUAAUUUUUCUUUAUAUAAGAAAAAAUAUGAUACAUAUAGCAACAUACAAAAUAUGAAAUUGAAUAAUAGUAAAAAUAAUGAAAAAUCGGUUAAUAUCAUAAAUAGCAGAAAUAAUGCAAGGAAUAACUAUCUUAAUAUUAAAAACACCAAUUAUUAUGGCAAAAAUUUAUUUUCAUAUAAUAAUUUAAAUAAGAGUUCUAAGCAAGAUGAUUAUAAACAAAAUCUUAAGAUGAGUGAAAAUAAUGUAAAUGAAAAUAACUCUGAUACAACAACCAAAAAAAAGUAUAUAAAUAAAAGUUAUUACGCUACUACUAAUGCUAAUAGUAACAAUAAUAAUAUAACAUUAACUACAGAUAAAAGUAAAGGAAACUCAUUUAUGAAUAAAAUAAGUAAAAGCAAAGGCACAAAUCACAAAAAUAUGAAAACUGUGUCCUUUUUUAGCAAUUCAUACAAUAAUAAAUCUAUUAAAAAUUCUUUUAAGAAUUCAAAUAGAAUCAUUGAUAACACAAAUGAAAAAAAUGUUAAGAUUCCUUAUAAUUUUAAAAAUAAAGAUUUUAUGCAAAGCAAAUUUAAAAAUAGAAAUCUUAAUUAUAACAAUGAAGAAAAUUUUAUAAACGAAAACAAUACAUAUAUAAAUAAUUAUAAUAAAAAUUCUGAUUAUGAGUUUAACAAUAAUGAUGUUAAUGUAAGUGAUAGCAUAAAAAAUUCUGAUAAUAUUAAUAUUUCUAAAAUAAAUGAAAAUGAUAAAUAUAACAAUUAUUAUAAUUUUAACAAUAGUGAUAAUUCAUAUAGUUCAAAAUUUAAUGAAAGUGAGAAAAAUAAUAAUUAUUAUAACAAUUUUAACAAUUUAGAUAAUGAAAAUAUAUCUAAAAUAAAUGAAAAUGAUAAAAAUAAUUUUUAUAAAAAUGAGAAUGAAAAAGUAAAUAAAAGUAUAAAAAAUGCUAAAUUAGGUGAUAGACAAAAUAAUUGUGAUAAUAACAGUAGUAAUUUAAGUGAUUGCAGUAGUAACAUAAGAAGAAAAAAAAAAAACUAUAUAAGUGAUAACAAUAACGUUAAUUUAAAAAAAUAUAAGUACCCUUUAUAUAAUAAAGGAGAAACUAACAAAAUAAGUAAUGAAACUAAUAUGGAUAAUACAAAUAAAGUAAGUGAGGAAAUUCAUAUGAAUAGUUCAAAUAGUUUAAAAAAUGAAAAUAAGAAUGAUUAUAUAAAUUGUUCUUUGGAGGUAAGUAAAAGAAAUAAAUUUAAUAAGCCAUCUCAAAAUUUACAUUUAAAUGAUAAAAAUAUGAAUAAUAAUGAUUCCAACAAUUUGAAGAAUAAUGAUGGUAAUAAUAUUAUGGAUGAUUAUAAUGACAGUAAUUAUAAUAGUGAUAAUAAUUUAAAUAAUGAUGAUAAUAAAAAUUUAAAUAAUACUAAUGAUAAAAAUUUAGAAUAUGGUAAAAAGUUAAUGCAGAAAAUAAAAACAUCAAAUAACCCACGAAGAUCUAUAAAAUUAAUAGAUAGAAAAAAAAAUGAAGAACUAAAUGAAGAAAAAAUCAUUAAAGUAAAAAAUAUAAAUAUUAACAAUGUAAAAAGUGAUUCUUUAAAUAUAAAAUCUAAGAAGGAAGAUAAUAUAAAUGUACAUUUAAAAAUGCUUUUAAAUAAACUAAAGAUAUCUUUAAAUAAUAUUCCAAAUGCAGAUGAAGAUUUACUAAAUGAAAUAAUUAAUCAAAAAUCUAUUCUUCAAAACAUAUUAGUAAGUAAGUACACUGAUAUGUUAAAUUGGCCAAAUGAACAAAUUUUGCGAGUUUUAUCUAUAAGGAAAUCUUUAAAAAAUAAGGGGUAUCAUAUUAAUGAAAUAAUAUAA